AUGGCAACAAGGCAAGCGCUCGAAGGUUUGAGCUGCGCUGACAUGGCAUUUCGAACAGAGCACAUCCCAGCCAUCCAAGCUUGCUCUUCGUUGAAGCUGAAAGCCGUCUACUCGAGGUCACAAAAGUCGGCCGCAGCCCUCGUGGCACCGCUGGAGGACAAGGUCGAUGUCUACUACGACUCGCCAGAGGAUUCCGGACACUCGGUCGACGACCUGCUUAAGCGCGACGACAUUGACGCCGUCAUUGUGGCCGUGCCCAUCCCUGCACAGCCGGCACUGAUCAAGAAGGCCUUUGCAGCCGGGAAACAUGUGCUGAGCGAAAAGCCGAUCGCCAAAGACAUAGCUACCGCCAAAGAUCUUCUGGAGUCAUACAAAGCAUCGUCAUCAAAAGGCUACUGGGCCGUCGGGGAGAACUUGAGAUUCUGGUACAGCGUGAACAAAGCAGCCGAGAUUUUGAAGGGUUUGGACGCUGAAUUGGUCACGUUCCGCACGAACGUGAACAUCUUUGUCGACGAGAAUGACAAGUUUUAUCAGACCAGCUGGCGUGCAACUCCCGAGUACCAGGGCGGAUUCCUUCUCGACGGCGGCGUCCAUUUCGUCGCCGUGACACGCUAUCUGCUGGCUGCGCUCAACCAGAAGCCCACCGGCGUGUCCGCUCUGACCACGUUGGUACAGCCAAUGUUGGCUCCCGUCGACACUCUCCAUGCGCUCUGGAAGGUGUCCAAUGGACGCCAGGGUUUCUUCAAUGUUUCGUUUGGCGUCGAAUUUCAGUCCGGCUUUGAAUUCGAGAUCGUGACCAGUAAAGGCAGCGUUCUGGUCCGCAUGACAGAGGUCAUCACCACCACCAAGGAUGAUGCCGGCGAAAAGAAGCCAUCGACAACGGAGGUGCCUAUGAGUAUGGGUGUUAAGGAGGAGGUGGCCGCUUUUGCAGAGAGUCUGGAAAAGGGCAAGUUGGAUCCACGACUGUCACCGGAGGAAGCGAUUGCGGAUCUGCAGAUAUUGGAAGCGAUGCUCAAAUCCGACGGGAAUAUUGUCAGCUUAGUAUAG